AUGACUAACUAUUCGAUUUUGGCGUCCGACUCCAGACUCUCGCUGUCGACCUCCUCCGAGCAGGUCUCGGGGCUGCUUGCCGCGGAUCUGGCGCCGAUCAAACCCAAGGAGAUGGCGCACGCGCUCGCGGAGCCUGCGAACAACGAGCUCGAGAGCGAAGAAGAGGAGGAGGACGAUGACGACGACGACGACGAACAAUUGCUAGAUGACAUCUACGAGGAGGCGCAAGAUCCGGUCGACAGCGGCACCUCCGCGUCGGUCGCGACUGCAGCCAGCUCCUCGGUGGCGGGCGCGCCUGGCGCUCUGCCCGGAUCGAACCCUGCCCGUGAGGCUGGCAGCGGCGCCGCGGGCGUAACGGCCGGUACGGCGCCCGGGGGUGUCGGCGCCGAUGCAAGCGGCUCCGGCGCCGUCGGCGGCGGUCCGGGCGCGGGCGGCUCUGACCAGGGCUCCGAUCCCAAGACAUGGCGCGGGAGACCGUCUUCGUGUGUGUUUGUUGCGUCUUUGGCUGCCUCGCUUACCGACGACGACCUAUGCGUGUCUGUGACGGAGGCCUUCAAGAAAUAUGGAGAGCUCUCCAUGGUGAAGGUGCUCCGCGACCCCUCCAACAGACCGUAUGCGUUCGUUCAGUACACCAACGACAACGACGCCAAGCGCGCGUUGAAGCAGGCCCAGGGAACUUUGCUUAAUGGAAGGACGAUUCGGUGCGAAAAGGCGAAAGUCAACCGCACUUUGUUUAUUUCCACAAGGAACAGGAAGGCCCCGGAGGUCACUUCCGAUGAAAUCAUUCAGUUAUGCUCAUCUUUCGGUGAGUUGGAGCAACUGGUCGCCAGCAGGGAAUACGCGUUUAAGAAAAACUACUACCCAAUUGAUAGAUCUUCUGCGUGGUUUGUCCAGUUUGCUUACAGAGAUGACGCUAUUCGCGCCUUCAUUAACUUGAAGCCCGGAUACGACUGGACCGUUGAGUGGGCUCAGAACAUUGAGGUCCCCAAGCGGUUGAAUUUGUUGCGUAAGACCAAGGUUCGUGGAACCAAGUCUGGAAACAGUGAGUCCGAGGAAGACGAGGAGGAGUAUGAGGACGAGGACGAGGACGAGGAUGACGAAGACGAGGAUGACUCGCGCGAUAUCUUGAUUGAUAAGAAGUCCAUCUUCGUUAGCCAGCUCGAUCCCAGCGUCACCAAGGAAAAGCUGACGCAACGCUUCUCGAAACACGGCAAGGUUGAAGAUGUGAAUUUGAUAUUCAAGGACAACAAUACCAAAGUGUUUGCCUUCAUCAAGUAUGAGACUGAGGAGGCAACUGCAACUGCUCUGGAGAGAGAGAACCAUGCAAGCUUCUUGAACAGAACAAUGCAUGUGCAGUACAGAGAGGUGGGAGGCCAUAGAUCGAGAAGAUUCCGCGGACAACGUAGAAAUAACUACCGCCGCCACAAUAUGCACCAUGUCCACGGUCCUCGUCUAAGUUUGGCGCCGCCACCAAUUAAUAUUGGACGCAGGGCUAGUACGGGCUCCUUCCAGACUUUGCCCUACUCUCCAUACCAGUACUUCCCUCCACCAAAGUCCAACAGCAACUUCUUGAAGGAUAAGAGACACAAGAGUUUUGUUGCUUGCGGAGCUGGUUCCCGCGCUAACGACGGUGGGGAAGGUUCUGAAUUUGGAUUCAAUUUGGAGACAUCGUCAGAGCUCUCCGGAUCCGCGGGCAAUGACGACGGCGCCUCGACCUACGCAACUACGAACUACAACGGAUCGUCUGCAGGUGGUGCCACGGUUACAACGAAGGGUAACAACUCCGUCAGAAGAAAGAAUUCUGGUAAAAAGCGCUUCUACAAUGGCCACAACAACAAUGGAAGCGGUUCCAACAUGCAUCUACACGGAUUUGACCCUUACUAUUACCAGCCACCCUACUAUUAUCCAAUGGACUACUCUAUUCCUCCUCCUCCUCCAGGCUCGAACCCCAACCAACCAUUUUAUUUUUACUACCCAAUCCCUCCUCCACCAAACGGCUCCAUGAACGGCAACAUGCCCAUGAAUCCGGUGCCAGGAUUGAUGCCGCCGAUGCUGGACCAGAACUACAUGCCUAUGGAGAUGGGACAGGAUGCCUCAAGUGGUAAUGGUAACGAGCUGCCGCAGUCCCUAGAUUACUGA